AUGAUCUACGAUAUCUCAACACUGCAGGCCCGCAAGUCGACCGGUGGCAAAGCCCCUCGCAAGCAACUUGCUGCCAAGGCCGCGCGCAAGUCGGCCCCCGCCGCCGGUGGGGUCAAGAAGCCUCACCGCUACCGCCCCGGAACGGUCGCGCUUCGUGAAAUCCGUCGAUACCAAAAAUCGACCGAGCUCCUGAUCCGCAAGCUCCCCUUCCAACGUCUCGUUCGCGAGAUCGCGCAAGACUUCAAGACCGAUCUUCGCUUCCAGUCGUCGGCCGUGAUGGCUCUUCAGGAAUCCGCCGAGGCGUACCUCGUCUCGUUGUUCGAGGACACCAACCUGGCUGCCAUCCACGCCAAGCGAGUCACGAUCCAGCCCAAGGACAUCCAAUUGGCCCGUCGUCUCCGAGGCGAGCGAUCAUAA